AUGUCUCAGACACCCCCGGGCUACAAGUACUCUACCGACCAGGCCUUGACGGUCACCGUUGCUAAUGCCGCAGUGGCACCUGGUAGUUAUGUGCCUAUCCAGACACUAAGCGAGCCAGUUGCUUCCCCAGGCCUCGAUUUCUCCAACAUUUCCAGCACCUCGGCUCAUGUUGUUGUCAUGCUAGAUCUUGACCCUCCUCUGGCCGACGAGGACCGCAAAUACGCCCCGUUGCUGCACUGGCUAACCGCCAUCCCGUCAGGGGUCUCCAGCCUGGCCGCCAACGACACAACCACCGAGGCUAUUGCCCCAUAUGUGCCGCCCCAACCACCCGCGGGCUCAGCUCCCCAUCGAUACGUCACUCUCCUCCUCAAAGAUACCCGUGAUAAGUUCUCAGCUCCUGCCGGGUUCGAGGGGCCGUAUGAGGAUCUCUUUGCGCGUGUCAACUUUGAUUUGGAUGGGUUCAUCAAGGCUGGCGGAUUUGAGAUUGAAGCUGCCCACUGGUUUACAACAAAGCCGGCCGAGUGA